AAGCGCUCAGCAGCUCUUCGCGCCUCAGCUACUCCUCUUCUGCACACUACGCCGCCAUGUUCCAACGCGAUCCUCGUGCGGGUGUUUUCUUGGGUGGCGACAGAAUAUCUGGGCAAGAUGUGCGCGAUCAGAACGUCCAGGCCGCCCAGACGAUCGCAAAUAUCGUCAAAAGCUCAUUAGGCCCCAUGGGUCUCGACAAAAUGCUGGUGGAUAACAUUGGAGAAGUCACGAUCUCUAAUGAUGGCGCGACGAUCCUUUCACUCCUUGCGGUCGAGCACCCCGCAGGCAGAGUGUUCGUCGACCUCGCACAAAAGCAAGACAAGGAAGUCGGCGAUGGAACAACGUCUGUGGUGCUCAUCGCUGCUGAGCUACUCCGGCGCGCGAAUGAGCUUGUGAGGCAGAGGAUCCACCCCACCACGAUCAUCACUGGAUACAGGCUCGCAUGCCGAGAGGCGGUCAAGUUCAUGCAGGAUCAGAUGAGCGUGAAGGUGGAUGCAUUGGGCAGGGAGGCCCUCAUCAAUGCGGCGAAGACGAGCAUGUCGAGCAAGAUCAUUGGAGGAGAUGACGACCUCUUUGCGCCCAUGGCUGUCGAUGCUAUGCUGGCUGUCAAGACUAUCAACAGCCGCGGUGACAUCAAGUACCCUGUAAAGGCAGUCAAUGUCUUGAAGGCUCACGGUCGCAGCGCGCGUGAAUCGAUCUUCGUCAAGGGUUAUGCUCUGAACUGCACCGUCGCAAGUCAGGCCAUGAAGACACGUAUCACCAACGCCAAGAUUGCGUGCCUUGACAUCAACUUGCAGAAAGCUCGCAUGCAGCUUGGUGUGCAGAUCCUUGUGGAUGAUCCGAGCCAGCUCGAGGACAUCCGGAAGAGAGAGUCCGAGAUUACGUUGGAGCGUGUCCGCAAGAUCCUCGCCUCGGGAGCAAAUGUUGUCCUGACUACAAAAGGUAUCGACGAUAUGUGCUUGAAGGAGUUCGUCGAGGCAGGCGCUAUGGCAGUCCGCCGGUGUAGGAAGGAGGACCUGCGCCGGAUAGCGAAGGCAACGGGCGGCACCCUUGUCUCCAGUCUUGCGAACCUCGAGGGCGAGGAGUCCUUCGAGGCGAGCUAUCUUGGGACUGCUGAGGAAGUUGUUCAGGAGCGCAUCUCGGAUGAUGAGCUCAUCUUGGUCAAGGGCACCAAGGUGGUCAGCUCCGCGUCCAUCAUCCUCCGAGGCGCGAACGACUACAUGUUGGAUGAGAUGGAGCGAAGCCUCCAUGAUGUCCUGUCAAUUCUCAAGCAGACACUUGAGAGUGGUACCGUGGUCCCCGGAGGGGGUGCUGUCGAGACCGCGCUGUCAAUCUAUCUCGAGAACUUUGCAACGACUCUGGGAUCACGAGAACAGCUGGCGAUCGCCGAGUUCGCCAGCGCGCUUUUGGUCAUUCCGAAGACGUUGGCUGUGAAUGCGGCGAAAGACUCGACGGACCUCGUUGCCAAACUGAGGUCGUAUCAUAACGCGGCGCAAAAUGCUCCGGCCGGGGACCCGAAAAAGGCUCUUCUACGCUACGGUCUUGACCUGCUAAAGGGCGAGGUCCGCGACAAUGUCACUGCCGGCAUCCUGGAGCCAACUGUCAGCAAGGUCCGGAGUCUCAAGUCUGCUUUUGAGGCUGCAGUGUCGCUUCUGCGUAUCGACGAUGCCAUCCAAUGCGUAGCUGAGUCGAAGGGCGAACCAGACCCUCACGGACAUUAGAGUGUGGGUAUGUCCGGGGAGAGACUAGAACCAAUGAGAUUGCCGUCACCUUACAAUGUAUAUUGUUACCGUGCACAAUAAUGAGCUGCAUGACAUGCUUAGGA